CGCGGAAACCCUUUACUUUGUGCGUUUUCGUUUGCGAAGUGCUGUGAAAAAUUGUGAAAUACGAUGAGUAAAUCAUCGAAAACCACUUAUCUGGAUGGUUCGGGCAUCGAGAAAAGCCUGCGAAUCGUAAAGAACGAAGCCGAAGAACAGCUGGAAAGUAUUUUUGCGCCGGUUGCUGAGUUAGCUGAAGAGAUCAACAGCGGCCGCUCGAAAGUGGUGAAACCAGCCCCAGGAUUCUGCAUCAAAGCAUUCCGGAAGGGCACGGAGGAGAAGUUCUUCAUUAACGUGUGUCAAACUGAUGGCAUUCCGGCACCACGCGACGUCACAGAGGAUGAGCUGAUUGCUAUGUUGAACGAUGGGGAACCGAACCGCUACCGUAUACCGAUGAGCAUCACCAUUCCGCGCGAGAUCGUGGACAAAAGCAACCAAGCCUGUGUGGUGUGCGAUAUCGCGAUCAACGAUGCAUUCUUUAAGCGUAUUGAACCGGGCGGAUUGAUGCGCGAGUUUCUGAUCAAUGUGCUGUUCGACGGGAUUGAGGGCAAACAUUCGAUCGUGUUGGACGAUACCAACUUUCGCAUAUUGAAGAACAAAAAGUUUAUGGAUCGACUGAUACCGCACAACAUCCAAAACCGAGACGUGCGACAGGUGCUCGAGACGUACGCGGACCCAUCCGAUGCCGAUCGCGAGAUGCUGCGUAAGGUACAGGACAAACCGGCCACGGCAGCGGGCGGCACACGGCCAGCCGGUAAACCGCUCAUCGAAGAGAUCGAUCCUAGCACGAUCAAAACGGUCAAGAACGAUACGAAUACCACACGGACGGCCAUCGCUGGUGCAGCCGACAAACCGUAUGUGCCAGAUCCGACAAAGGUUGCCAUCUCGCAGGCAGCCACGCGUAAACCAGAGAGUAAGCUGUUCCGUGAACCAGCGAAUGGUCGAGCGGAGCGGCUCAUCGCAGAAUUUCACCUUCCGGAGUGUGUAUCAUCGAGCGAAAUCACACUGGAUGUUGGAGAGGAUCGCAUCUUGCUAGAGGCACGGAAGAAGGGCUAUCUGCUCGAUGCGUUCGUGAACUGUUCCAUCGAUGAGCAUCACGUGCAGGCCAAGUUUGACACCGUGACCAAAAUCUUGGAAGUGACGAUGCCAGUUCUGGCGGCGCAACGAGACAAGGGAAGUAAGCAAAAGUAGACCGAGUUUAUAGCGGUUAGUAUCAAGAUCUGGUUUGUCCAUAUGAUUUUUUUAAGUAAAAUAUACGAAUAAGAUCCUUUACAUGAACAGUGUUACUUGAGGAUGGGGAUGCUACUACAUUCGGAGAAACCCUUGAGUCAUCUUUAGAUUAACCAACACGUUUUGAAUGUUUAAAUAGGUAUAAUUUUCCAACAGAAUAAAUUUCCAUAGUU